UGACUUGAGCACCAGACACCUGUCCCUCACUUGUGUCGCUGGGCUCUGCGAAGUUGCUUUUCGGCAUCUUCCACCUAAAAGGCCGCGGCACCGUCGCAGUUGACAGCCGAGCUGACGCUGAGGCCCUGCGAAACCAACCCGAAGGCACACGCGGGCCUCUGACCGACAGGAGGCGGGCAACCAACCGCAUUAAAGAGGCGGGGCUAACCGUGCGCGCUUGGGGAGACGGGAGUCUCUAAUCGCGCCCGUUCUCCAAUCAGAACCGUGCCCUGUCCCGGGCUCCUCCACUCGCGGGGUCAGAGUGCCAGAAGGAGGUGGGACCAGCAAGAGGCCGCGGCCUAUGCCAAGCAGAUUUACGGUCUGCGCUAUGUCUGGAGCCGGCAGUCAGCUUGCGCUUUUCCUCUGCGGCUGCUACGUGGUUGCCCUGGGAGUCCACGCCGCGGGGCCUUGCGUGGCUGCACAUCAGGAGACCGAGUAUUACGUGGCUGCUGUGUACGAGCACCAGUCCAUCUUGAGUCCAGACCCACUGGCUCUCACCAGCCGCAAGCAGGCCUUGGAGCUCAUGAACCAGAACCUCGACGUCUAUGAACAGCAAGUGAUGACUGCAGCCCAAAAGGGUGUGCAGAUCAUAGUGUUUCCAGAAGAUGGCAUUCAUGGAUUCAACUUUACGAGAACAUCCAUUUACCCAUUUUUGGACUUCAUGCCGUCUCCCCAGUUGGUCAGGUGGAACCCAUGCCUGGAGCCCCACCGUUUCAAUGACACGGAGGUCCUCCAGCGCCUGAGUUGUAUGGCCAUCAAGGGAGACAUGUUCUUGGUGGCCAAUCUUGCGACGAAGCAGCCUUGUCAUAGCAGUGACCCAGCAUGCCCAAACGAUGGGAGAUACCAGUUUAACACAAAUGUUGUGUUCAGCAAUAAUGGAACCCUUGUUGACCGCUACCGUAAACACAACCUGUAUUUUGAGGCAGCUUUUGAUACCCCUCUUCAAGUGGAUCACAUCACCUUCGAUACACCCUUUGCUGGCAAGUUUGGUGUCUUCACUUGCUUUGACAUAUUGUUCUUUGACCCUGCCAUCAGGAUCCUGAGAGACUCUGAGGUGAAGCACAUCGUUUAUCCGACUGCCUGGAUGAACCAGCUCCCACUCUUGGCAGCUAUUGAGAUUCAGAAAGCUUUUGCCGUUGCCUUUGGCAUCAAUGUUCUGGCAGCUAACAUCCACCACCCAUUCCUAGGGAUGACAGGGAGUGGCAUACACACCCCUCUGAAGUCCUUUUGGUACCAUGACAUGGAAAACCCCAGAGGUCACCUUAUAAUUUCCCAGGUAGCCAAAAAUCCCCAGGGUCUCAUUGGUACAGAGAAUGCAACAGGUAAAAUGGACCUAUCCCAUAGUAAGUUUUUAAAAAUCUUAUCAGGUGAACCAUACUGCGAGAAGGAUGCCCAGGAAGUCCACUGUGAUGAAGCCACCACAUGGAACAUGAAUGCCCCUCCCACGUUUCACUCUGAGAUGAUGUAUGACAAGUUCACCCUGGUGCCCGUCUGGGGGAAGGAGGGCUACCUUCAAGUCUGUUCAAAUGGCCUCUGCUGUUAUCUGCUCUACAGGAGGCCCACCUUGUCCAAAGAGCUGUAUGCGCUGGGGGUCUUUGAUGGACUUCACACAGUACAUGGCACUUACUAUAUUCAAGUUUGUGCCCUGGUCAAGUGUGGGGGUCUUGGCUUUGACACCUGUGGCCAGGAGAUCACAGAGGCCACAGGCAUAUUUGAGUUUCACCUCUGGGGGAACUUCAGCACGUCCUAUAUCUUUCCUUUGUUUCUGACCUCAGGGAUGACCCUGGAAAUCCCUGACCAGCAUGGCUGGGAGAAUGACCACUAUUUCUUGAGAAAGAGUGAGCUGUCCUCUGGCCUGGUGACGGCGGCUCUCUACGGGCGGUUGUAUGAGAGGGACUAGGAAGAGCGUCUGGUCUGUGGGGUGGACUCUGGCCGUCUCGUGGGCAGCCCUGCACUUCCACAGGCUGCAGCUCACAGCACUGGGACCGUCUCUGCCCUAGGGACAGAAGCCCACUUCUGUGGCACCAGAUCCCACCCUGGGAACCGUGGGAAGAAGUAGGAGAGACAGAUUCCCUCAGUGUCUCUUUCUCUUAAACGUCAAUUAUUGAGACAUUCUCUGGUAUUUCCUGUUCACAUUUGUCUUUUUCAAGCCACAUCUGCCUCUAAUAAAUCUCUCAGUACACAAUUGGUUUUAAGAGCUAAAACAAAAAUAAACGUCAGUUUAUAUUUUAUAUACCCA